AUGUCUAAGCUCUUUAGUUUCCUCUCGGUAGUCGCUCUGGCAGCAGGCGCAAUUGCUUCGCCAGUCGCUGAGCCUUCCAUCACCGACGCCCCAAAUUUGGCCAAGAGAGCGACAUCUUGCACCUUCUCCGGCUCUUCUGGUGCCGCCUCGGCGAGUGCGUCGCAAAAGUCUUGCUCAACUAUCAUCCUGUCGGAUGUUGCCGUGCCAUCUGGAACAACUCUGGAUCUCAGUAGUCUCUCAGAUGACACCACUGUGAUUUUCGAAGGUGAGACCACCUGGGGAUACGAGGAAUGGGUCGGCCCACUGCUCCAAAUCUCUGGUACUGGAAUCACUGUCAAGGGUGCCAGUGGUGCCUACCUUAACCCAAACGGAUCGCGCUGGUGGGACGGCCAAGGUGGUAGCGGUGGCAAGACCAAGCCCAAGUUCUUCUACGCCCAUGACCUUAUCUCGUCGACUAUCACGGACCUCUACAUUGAGAACACCCCCAUUCAGGCCGUUAGCAUCAACGGCUGCAAUGAACUGACUAUCACCAACAUGACUAUUAACGACGAAGCUGGAGAUACUGAGGGUGGUCAUAAUACGGAUGGGUUCGAUAUCGGCAGCAGUACCAACGUGGUUAUCACGGGUGCCCAGGUGUAUAACCAGGAUGAUUGUGUGGCGGUAAACUCUGGAACAAACAUCACUUUCAGCGGUGGUGUCUGCUCCGGUGGCCACGGCCUAUCGAUUGGAAGCGUUGGUGGCCGUAGUGAUAACACGGUAGACACUGUCACCUUCGAGAAUUCCGAGGUCAAGAGCUCGGUGAAUGGUAUCCGCAUCAAGGCUACCGUGAAUGACACCGGUGAGAUCAAGGACGUGACCUAUUCUGGAAUCACUCUGAGCUCCAUCUCUAAGUACGGUAUUCUCAUUGAGCAAAACUACAAUGGCGGCGAUCUCAAAGGAACCCCAACCAGCGGUAUCCCUAUAACCGAUUUGACCAUUGAGAACGUCUCCGGCGCGGGAGCUGUUGCCUCCACGGGAUAUGAUGUGGUUGUUGUUUGUGGAUCAUCUGGCUGCUCUAACUGGACUUGGUCAAACGUCGAUGUUACUGGUGGACAGACAUACAGUGGUUGCAUGAACGUCCCAAGUGUUACCAGCUGUUCGUGA